AGUUUGUCGCAGAUACUGUCCCAGUGCGGUUAUAGUGUACGGAUAAAAUACGUCGCGUUUGUCAGCGUACGAAUUGGACGCGUUACUAAAAAUUAUUCUCUAACAAAUAGCACAGUGAUUUGGUGCAAGAAGUACAACUGCAAAGUUGAAGUGAAUUUGUAAGCGUUCUAUAGUGUACUAGUGUGCUAACACAAAUAUUUGUUUGCUACACAAAUUUUAUUGAAAAAGCAAAAUUUAAAGUUCUAACUAAAAUUGUAGUAAGGUGUGCAGGCGUUAAUAAAAAAUUUGCAAAAUUCGUGCAGCAGCGCACUUCAUCGUCUGCAACGGUCGCAACCUGUGACGCGCAACGUAGCAGCAGCAACAGCGCGUUUCUGCUUACAACUCGCUGCCACAUGAAUUUUGAAGCAUUUUCCGCGUAGGAGCAAAGAGUCUAAGUGGCAGAGACGCGGCACAGUUUGCCGCUGAUUUUAGGGGUCGCAGCACGUCGCCGGUUAUACGAACCCAAACACACACACACACAUAUAGAAGUAGAGUGCUUGAUUGUUGUGUAAUACCAGCAAUUCGCUCGCUCACACACACACAUACAUAUGCGCACACUUCAUUUUAUGCGGCACGAUUUUUAUAGUCACCGCCAAGAGCACGCAAAACAAUCGUGCAACAGUGAAAACAACAAAAAAAACGAAAAUAAAAUAAAACUGAACAGUGUAUUUUGAAUAAAAGUGAAAUAUUACGAGAAAAAAGUCGAGUCGAAAAAGCAACAACAAGAAAAAAACGAAAAUAAACGCGAGCUCAAAAGAAACACAAUCAAAUAAGAAUAAAGUGCAACCGUUGCAAUCGCAUAUCGCGUCUCGCGCAACCAAACGUGCACCCUGCCUGCCACAAUGCAAGUUCAAGUUCGGCGUUCUUGAGCUACUUAAGCUACUAGCUAUCGAGCAUAGUUGCAACGUGCCACAUCUUACGCUGUGGUACGUUCGUUCGUGCGGUCGCUCGGUUGGCCAUUGAUUCUUGUUGUGGUCGCGGCAGCAUGAAAUCGAAAUCGAAAUUGAAAUUGAAAAUGGCAAAUACAAAAACAAACACAAAUAGAAAUCAAAGGCACAGUCGGUGCAACAGCAGCAAUAAAAGUGCACACAAUGUCACUGCUGUUGUUGCAGUUGUUGGCCAAAAGCGCUAUCGUGCUAUAAACAUGUCACGCAACAGCGGCAGCACGUCGUCAGCCCUGCCACUUGGUAGCGCCUGGCAGCGUCGGCUUUACAGCGGAGUCCGCGAAGCACAACCAGGAUUACUCUUUCAUGCAACACUUUGGCUGGCAUUGUUGUUGGCGCUUGACGUUGGCGUUGAAGCUCAGUAUCAAUCACCGCGUAUAAUCGAGCAUCCAACAGAUUUGGUUGUGAAAAAGAAUGAACCUGCCACACUGAAUUGCAAAGUCGAAGGCAAACCGGAGCCGACAAUUGAAUGGUUUAAGGAUGGCGAGCCGGUCAACACAAAUGAAAAGAAAUCGCAUCGCGUGCUAUUCAAGGAUGGUGCGCUCUUCUUCUAUCGCACGAUGAUGAGCAAAAAGGAGCAAGACAGCGGCGUUUAUUGGUGUGUGGCGAAGAAUCAUGUCGGCAAGGCGAUUAGUCGGAAGGCCACGCUACAAAUUGCCGUUCUACGCGAUGACUUCCGCUCGCAGCCGAAGGACACACGUGUGGCUAAAGGCGAAACCGCUUUAUUGGAAUGUGGUCCACCGAAAGGUACACCCGAACCAGCGCUAAUAUGGAUGAAGGACGGCGUACCAUUGGAUGAUCUAAAAAUUAAAUCUUAUGGCCCCACCUCACGUAUACGCGUCGUCGAUGGCGGCAAUUUAUUGAUCAGCAACGUGGAGCCCAUCGAUGAGGGCAACUACAAGUGCAUCGCGCAGAAUUUAGUCGGCACUCGCGAGUCCAGUUAUGCUAAAUUAAUUGUACAAGUUAAGCCGUACUUCAUGAAGGAGCCGCAGGAUCUCACCGCACUCUCCGGCCAAACGGUGCAGUUUCAUUGUCUCGUCGGCGGCGAUCCGCCACCGAAAAUAUUGUGGAAGAAGGAGGACGGCAACAUACCGGUGGCACGUGCGCGUAUCCAACAAGACGACAAAAGUUUAGAAAUCACCAACAUUUCGCCAGCCGAUGAGGGCACCUACGUGUGUGAGGCACACAAUAGUGUCGGUCAAAUAAGUGCACGCGCCUCGCUGAUAGUACACGCGCCACCCACAUUCGUUGUGAAGCCACAAGAUAAAAAGGUCGGUCUCAACGGCGUUGCUCAGUUUCCUUGCGUUGCCGAUGGCAAUCCGCCACCAUCGGUGUUCUGGACAAAAGAGGGCUCCUCCACCCUGAUGUUUCCCAACAAUUCGUACGGUCACAUGCAUGUCUCCGUCGAGGGCACACUACAAUUGAGUGGCGUGCAAAAGGACGAUGCCGGUUAUUAUGUAUGCUCGGCCUUUAGCGUGGUUGACUCGACGACGAUACGGGCAUUCUUGCAGGUUACCUCUGUGGAUGACACUCCACCGCCGAUCAUUCAAAUUGGUCCCUCAAAUCAAACGUUACCCAAAGGCAGUGUUGCUAUGUUACCAUGUCGAGCAACAGGCAAUCCAACACCACGUGUCAAGUGGUACAAGGAUGGCACAAUGUUGCAGAACGGCAAUCGUUAUACCAUAGUGCAGGGUGGCUCGUUGCGUAUCGAUGACUUACAACAAAGUGAUUCCGGCCUAUUUACUUGCACCGCAUCAUCAGAGAGUGGAGAGACCUCAUGGUCAGCAACUUUGACGGUGGAAAAGGGCAGUUCAUCACUGCUGCACCGCUCGGUGGACCCAAGCGCCUAUCCAGCGCCGCCCGGCACACCAAAGGUGGUGAACGUCACACAGCACAGCAUCGCUUUGCGUUGGUCGCGCAGCCAAGAUAAGCCGGGAGCGACUACUCCAAUUAUCGGCUACACGGUGGAGUACUUCAGUUCGGAUCUGCAGACAGGUUGGGUAAUUGCCGCACAUCGUGUGCCUGAUCAGCAAAUAACGAUCUCGGGUUUGAAACCAGCUACAUCGUAUGUCUUUCUCGUCAGAGCUGAGAACUCACAUGGACUUUCUGUGCCCUCCGGUCUCUCGAAUGUCAUUAAGACUUUGGGCACAGAAUCGGGUACAGUGCCGCCAAGUGAAAUAUCUGCCGCGCGUUCGGUAUUAAGUGGAAAGGUUGUCGAAUUAAUUGAUGCCGCAGCAAUUAAUUCCACCGCCGUACGUUUGGACUGGGUGAUGCAUGUCAGUGUGACGGAGAAAUAUGUGGAGGGUCUUUACAUUCGUUAUCGCGAUAUAAGCGCCAAUUCACAGCAAUAUAAUAUUUUGACUGUGCUGAAUCCUUCGAUCGAAUCGCAUGUUGUCGGCAACUUGAAGGAAUAUACGAAAUAUGAAUUCUUCUUGGCACCAUUCUAUCAGACGCUGGAGGGUCAGCCAAGCAAUUCGAAAAUUGUGCAAACUUACGAAGAUGUGCCCUCUGCUCCGCCGGACAACAUUCAAAUUGGUAUGUACAACCUGACAGCCGGUUGGGUGCGUUGGUCACCGCCGCCGCCGCAGCAUCACAACGGCAACUUGUUGGGCUAUAAAAUCGAGGUCACAGCUGGCACUACGCUCAAGGUAUUGGCCAAUAUGACCUUGAAUGCAACAACAACUUCCGUGCUACUCAAUAAUCUUACCACUGGCGCUACAUACAAUGUGAGACUGAACUCCUACACGAAAGCGGGUGAAGGACCAUACGCGGAACCGGUCUCACUAUUUAUGGAUCCUACACACUUGGUGCAUCCGCCACGUGCACAUCCUAGCGGCUCGCAUAGCGGCAUAGCCGGCAGUCACGGUCAUCCAGCUGGUGCUGGUGUCGACGGUGGUCAUUAUGCUUAUCAUCCAGCUGGCAUGCCGGACGAUGCCGCCACCACCACUACACAUCAUAAAUCAACGAAUGUUGUACAUCAAACUUGGUUUAUGGUUUUGGUGAUAGUCUUUCUGUUGGUCAUAUUCUCUGUCACGGUCGGUGUAAUGGUAUUCUUUAAACGACGUCACAAGCUCACCAAGGAGCUGGGACAUUUAAGUGUAGUCAGCGCCAACGAAAUCACCGCACUCAACAUUAACGGCAAGGACAGCCUGUGGAUUGACCGUGGCUGGCGCACCACCGACACCGACAAGGACUCCGGCUUGAGCGAAACGAAACUGCUAUCGAAUGCGAAUAGUCAAUCGAAUUAUACGUCAGAUGGUGGCACCGACUAUGCCGAAGUGGACACGCGCAACAUGAGCACCUUCUACAACUGCCGCAAGAGUCCCGAGAAUCCAACGCCAUAUGCCACGACCAUGAUUGUGGGCGCUUCCUCCACGGAGACCACAUGCAUGAAGACCUCCUCGUCGAGCACUGAUCAGGAUUCGGGCACGAAUUCACCACACUCCGACGGCAAUACAGCACAGUGUGUGGGCGCGAAUGCGUCUGGUGUGCCAAUUGUGGGCAGCGGCAAGCACAACUAUCACCCGUAUCCACCAGAACAAUUUAAUUGGUCAGAGUUCUUGCCACCACCACCGGAGCAUCCACCACCACUGCCAAGCGGCUGUAAUGGUGGCGGCACUAAUACAGGCGGCGUAAUCUACGCGCCCGGUUCACCACAAUCUUCACGCAAAAGCUCCAAGAGUGGCGGUUCGGGCAUGUCAACACAUCAGAGCGCUUUGAACUCUUCCAUACACAGCAGCUCCUCGGGCGGUUUCUCCACGUGGGGUGUGUCACCACAAUGCGUUGCCUCGCGGCCAACGGAGAAUUACUACAACAAUCCUUUGCCCUGUGUGGGCGGCUCACAGAAUCGUUACCAGAUCACACCGACCGGUCAACAUCCACCACCACUGCCACCCUACUUUCCACCCGGUGCUGCGGGCACCGCACAACUACCGCCACGCAACAUACAUAUCCACUACCCGGCGCCCAGGCACGCAAUGAGCGAGUACCAGCCCACGGGCACACACAAUUCGCGCUGCUCCAAUGGACGUGCCUGCAAUAGCUGCGAUGCGCUCGCCUCACCGCUCCAACCGCUGCCACCACCCGGCGACGGCUGGUAUCAGCCACUACAGACGCACAUGCCGCCGAAUGCCGGCGGCGCCAAUCCCAUCUAUCAAUGUUCCUCCGAGUGUUCCGAUCAUUCGCGACAUUCACAUACGCACACACACGCGCACAACCACCCACACAAUCACUUGCAUCAACAACAACAUCACGGCGCACACAUGCACGCGCAUCAGCAUCAUGCGCAUGCAACGGCAGCAGCGGCGCACGCGGGCAAUGGCAAUGACACGCUGCGCUCAGAAAGCAGCCAGGAGGGUGGUAAAGGCAAUUAUCGUUGUCAGAAGCAAGUAGGCGGCGGCAGCAGUAACGGCGGCUACGCGGACAUCAACGAGUCGACGGAGCGCGAGCACAUGCUGAAGGGCGUCGUCGGCGGUGGCAAUGGCAACACAAGCACGCUGGGCGGCAGCUCGUCCUGCGGUUAUGAGGUGCUCGGCGAUCACCGGAAUUGCAGCGAUUGUUGCAGCAGUUCGCGCGAAGGCGACACCUGCUCGUGCAGUGAGGGCUCCUGUUUGUACGCGGAGGCGGGCGAGCCGGCUAUGCCGCUGCCGAGCAGCGCACACCUAGGCGGUGGUGGUGACAACCGCGCUGUUAUUGCUGCUGGCAAGCUGGUGACGCAGCAGGGCAAUUGAUAUGCGGCCGGCGUGAGUGAUGUGGUUAUGUACUUUUAGUGGUUACCAACGGUACAGCUGCCAAUCUAUGAGCAUGCUGUAGGCGUUGGACGGUGCAACAGUGAAGGUAACGGCAACAUCGGCGCGGCGCUAAUUUGUGAGUAGCCUAUGUAAGUGGUAUGUAAGUUGAAACUAAGCGAAUUAAUCGUAUGUAAGUGAGUAGUUAAGUAUAUAUGUAUAGUAUGGCCAUGUACUGGUGUGCGUGUGUUUGUGUAGAUUAAGCUAGUGUUCUAAACGAAGCGCAACGUUGCUUGGCUGUGUGUGUGCAUAAAAAUGGUUGUGUAAUUUUAGGCGCUACCCCAGGGCGCAUGACCGCUAACAAUGGCGAACAUGGCACGUAACCCUGAAAAACAUAAAAACAACAACAAAAUAAGAAGACAAAUAUAAAUGAAAAACAACAAAACAGAGAUUAAAAAGCAGCGCUAGCUGCGGACUGACAAACAAUUGCAUAUAUUUUUAGCUUCCAACUUCAUUUAGCUACUUCCACAAGGUUCUAAAAUAGUCUAAUUUUCAAACAUUUUACAAUGUUGCCAGAAAACCUCCAAUUACAACGCACACACCGCCAGCUAGCAGCAACCAAUUCUCUUCAAACUUCAACUUUUAGUGUAGUUCCACGCUUUCUCGCGUGACUGCCACACAUUUUGCAAGCCAACAGCGCGUCACCAAAACCAUUUGCAAGCACGAAUGCGGGACAGAGCAACUUGAAUAGCACCCUUAAUGCCUGUUUAUACUCGAAACCACCUUAGCUCCAUUUAGUAAACGCUAUACUUCGGCAUACCGACGCGUCAAUUUAAAAAAUGGCUACCUUUCAGCAGCGACUGCUUGCUACAAUUCAACGCCAAUUGACGACAAUUUUCUUUGAAAUGCCAAUAGUCACAAAUGUUCAUAAAUAAAACUAAAUUAUUCCGCCGUCUGAUAGUCAGUACGCCAAAUAAAUGCAGCGCUUGUUACCAAGCGCUCUUUUGUUAGGCGCUCAAAUUUAUGUAACUCAUGCUUAUACCUAUACUCUUAUAUACCCUAUAUAAAUAUAUAGCUAUGCUAUAUAAUACAACAUGUCAAUAUGUCUAAACAUGUCAUGCUCCGCAUGCUUGUUGCAACAAGCACGAACAAAAUAGCGUUUUAGCAGCAGUCUCAACAUGUUCUUUGUACUUGCGCCUAAAGCUAUGCUAUGAAAAAUGCCACAAUCGUUUAACACGCAAUUUCCAAUGUCUACCCACUUUGUGUUUAUCCUGCGCUAUUAAGGCAACGACUUCCUCCUUACACCGUUUUCUUUUCUACUUUGAUUGCCAGUAAGCGCGUUUUGUCUACAAUCUAUCAUAGUGCUAGUAUAAAUCUAAGGCAAUGACGGUAUAAAAGCGAAGUUUAUGCACCAAUAAAUUACCGAAAGCGGUGAUAAAUGAUUGCUUCACCCGAGCUUGUGGCUGGUUGGCAAGAGUUUUGGUUGUUGAAGGUUGAAGGCGGCAUGAAAAGGCAGCAGAAGCAGUUUGUUUUCUAUUUUUGAGUAUUUAAUAAUAUUUUAUAACUUCUCUAAUAAAUAAUAAACUGUGUCAUAUGGUUGUUAUUCGUUUUGGAAGCUAAGAAAAACUUUGUCCUACAUGCUACGAUGCGGCUGUUGACUUAACAGCGGCUCGCCCGAUUACAGUGUUUAUGCAGAAUACUUGUAUACUGUUGUUAGAAAAAUAGUUGGUUUUUUAAGUUAAAUUUAUUUCAUAUUUUAAAAUGCUUCUGAAAUUAUUGAUUUUUUAAUUUCAUAUAAUAUUCGCCUAUCGCUGUUAUUUAAACAUUUUCUGUUAAAAUUUACACUGAUUGUUAAACAUAACAGAAUUAUUUUACUUAAUUUUAUUUUUCUUUCCAAAGCGUAAGCUCUAAAGCUCUAGAAAAUGAGUUUCUUCUGGGAAAGCGUUUAAAUUUUUUAUCGAAAUUUUUUAUCUUAUUUAAUUUCAGCAAUUUUCAAGUAUAAAUUUUUUAUCGUUUUUUUAUAGUUUUUAGUUGACUAGUUUUUCACAUACAUAUAUAUGACGAUUUUUUCACAAAUUACGUUGUUGAUGACAAUACCUUUCAUAAACUAUUGAUUAGUAUUUUCCAUAAAUUUUACCCACUAAAAUAUAUACAAUAUAUUUAAUGCAAAAUCAUUCAAAAAUUUAUUUAAAAAUUAUUUAACAAAUUUAUUUUAAAAAAAAUCAAAAUAUUUAAUGAAAAAACAUUCAAAAAAUAAUUUAAAAAUUUAUUAUAAAAAUUUUUAUGUAAGAAUUUUCUUAUAUCUUAAAAAAAUCCUAUACAUAUUUUCAAUUUAUUUUCAUUCUUUACUGUUAUAAAUUAGGUUUUAUGAAUAUGUUUUUUAAAUUUUUUUACAAAUUGCCAUUUUUUAAUUUUUUUUAAAUUUUUGUCUUGAAUAUUUUUAACAUUCGGUAAUUUUUUUUUAAUAGUUUUAUAAAAUUUUUUCGAUUAACUUUUUUUUGUAAAUAAUUUUUUAACUCUUUUUUUUAAUUUUUUUUAUUUAUUUAAAAUUUACUUACAACAGUAUAAAAUCUUUCUUUUAUGUAUCCCUAAAUUACAGCACUUGCUCUACUGUUGGAGGUUACGUAAAGGUUAACAGUUAGAGUUAGAACUUUUUGUAACGACAUGACAUUGAAAUAAAAUAUUUAAAAAAUAUUUCCAACUUUGUAUUCAAGAGGAUACAAAUUUUUCAAACCAACUGCCAUAUUAAUCUAUAUACAUAUAUACGCAUAUGUUACAAAUUAUGCCAUAAUAGUUUACGAGUAUUUGAUACAAUAACAAAUGCAUUUAUUCCCAUACUGACAAAUACAUAUACAAAAAAAAAAUAUUGAUACAAGCAAGACUCACACAAAUAAACUGAAAAGGAAACUGCCAACUUCAAUACGAAAGCUAAAAAUAUUAUUUCGAAAACCAGAUUUUUCAAAAAAGUAUGCAAAUUGUUAAAUCUGAAAUUUUUUUUUUAAUUUUUUUUAAAAUUUUUUAGCCAAAAAAAAUAUAAAAAAAGUAUUAAAGAUCAAAAUUUCUCAGAAGCCGUAUGAGAUUACGUCCACAUACUUCAAGGACAUACAGUAACUUCACAGUGAAUAAAAAAGCACAGGGUCUUACACUUAAAAUUAAUACAUGUAUGUAUGUGUAUGUGUGUGAUAAAUAAUAUUAAUAUUUACUAAAAAUUACGAUGUACAGAUUUCAUAUUUUUGGCGGAAGCCGAAAAACGAACAAUUGAAAACGCAAAUACGUACCGAAAUUAGUGAAAAUCGAAGAAAAAUAUAAACAAAAAAAUUACAGCCACACAUUUGUAGAUACAUGAAAUAAAAAUAAAAUAAAAUUAUAAUCAAAUCCGAAUGUUAUAUAAGCAAGUUUUAAAAAAUUUGUGUUGUAAAGUGUAAAAAACGAAAAAAGUUCACAUAAUUUCUUAUUAAAUGUGUACGUGUUCAGACAUUACGUGACUUUCACCGAAAUUCUUUGUGUAAAUGAAAACAAAAAAGAUAAAUUCACUAAAAUGGUUGCUGUUUCAAUGAUUUCGAUCAGUGCGUUCACUGUAAAAUAAAUGAAUUGAAAUAAAAUAGAUAAUAGAAUACAAUAGAAAGAGAACAGUUUCGAAUGCCGUUAUGGCACAAUGCGCCUGCGCUGGAGCCUUUUGUUUUGUAAAGUUGUAUAUAAUGGAACAAAAACGAAAAUGAAAUGAAAUUUACGAGCAUAAAACGCAUACAAUGACGAAUGGUUAGUGGCUACCUACUUUAAAUGUAACUGUAAUUAUAACACUCAGCUAUUGACUCUCCAUUACUUACUACCACAUACUUGCAAGUGGUAAUGCGUAUAUUUUUUCGUAGCGCGAAAAAUUUUGUAGAAAGCCAUAAAAAUGUUUGAAGUUGUGCAAACUUAAAUUUAGAUUUUAAGACUUAUUUCGAUGGAUUGUCUUUCAGCAAAAUUUUUAAAGCGAUUACACUGUUAUGUUUUUAUCAGUUAGCUGCUGUCUGUUUUGUUUUCGAAUUUUCCGAAUCGUUUUAAAAUAAAAUGCUGAAAUUAGGGAUAAAAAUGUAAAAUAUUUUU